ACAGCCAGUCGCUCGCAGAAGGUGCUUUCUUAGAGCGUCUCUAUUAUUGUUUCGCAGCUGAUUAGGAAAGAACAAUAAAAAACAGUGGUGAUAAUUGCACCCGCAAAUAAUAAUACAACCACGAGAAAAGGAGGCAGGGUACUUUGGGUACUUUGCAUUUGAAAUCUCUGAUCUUUUCAAGAAGUAUUUUUCUCCACCCGUGCAUGUUCAGAUCGGAGGAGUAUAUUAGAGCCGUGAGUCGGCCAGACUUCUAGUUACAAAGCGAGCGGCAGAACCAAAAAGGAGGCAUGAUUUUAAGACGGAGUUCGGUUUUUGCUACUUUUUCCGUUCAUGCAUUUUUGCUUUGCCUAUGGACACAGGUGUCGGACGCAUCGGGGCACUUCGAGUUGCAGAUCCUGUCCAUGCAGAACGUGAACGGGAAGCUGCUGAGCGGGCGGUGCUGUGGCGGCGUUAGGAGUGCAUCGGAUCAGAGGUGCACCAGGGACGAGUGUGACACGUACUUUAAAGUGUGCCUCAAGGAAUACCAGUCCAGGGUUGUGACGGCCGGGCCUUGCAGCUUCGGUACUGGAUCUACGCCUGUCAUCGGAGGGAAUACAUUUUCUUUGAAGAACACAAUGAGGAAAGAGAAAUCUAGGAUUGUAUUGCCUUUCAGUUUUGCGUGGCCGAGGGCCUACACAUUGAUUUUGGAAGCCCUGGACUGGACUAACAGCAGUAGUGGAAGCAGUUCCGAGGUCAUCGAGAGGACGUCCAUCUCAGGCAUGAUCAACCCCAGCCCAGACUGGCAGACCCUGAAGCACAAUGGGCCCGUGGCCCAGUUCGAGUACCAGAUCCGGGUCGCCUGCGAUGAGCACUACUACGGAUUCGGCUGCAACAAGUUCUGUCGGCCGCGGGACGAGUUCUUCGGGCAUUACACCUGUGACAACAACGGCAACAAGACCUGCCUGGAGGGCUGGUCCGGACCCGAGUGCAACAAAGCGAUCUGUCGACAGGGCUGCAGUGCGGAGCACGGGUCCUGCAAAGUACCGGGAGGCUAUCUGAAUUACUGCGGCACCCACCAGCCUUGUCUGAAUGGGGGCACGUGCAGCAACACGGGGCCGGACAAGUACCAGUGCUCCUGUCGCGAAGGCUACUCCGGGGUCAACUGUGAUAAGGGCAGUCGCGCCCUUUUUUUUCACCCCCCCCCCCGACCUUUCAGUAUCCUGACGUCACGCGGCAGCAUUCACCCCCCUCCCCUGCAGUCCCGCACCCUCCCAUCCGUCGUCUUGUCCCCCCCCCAGGACCUGGUUAAUGGCUACCGCUGCAUCUGUCCAGCGGGCUACACCGGGGAGCACUGCGAGGUGGACAUUGACGAGUGCGCCAGCGCCCCCUGCCUCAACGGCGGCCGUUGCCGGGACGACGUCGGCGGCUUCCAGUGCCUCUGCCCAGCUGGCUUCUCUGGCAACCUGUGCCUGCUUGAUAUAGAUUACUGCGAGCCAAACCCCUGCCAGAGCGGCGCUCAGUGCUUCAACCUCGCCUCGGAUUACUUCUGCAAGUGCCCCGAGGACUACGAGGGCAAGAACUGCUCCCAUCUGAAGGACCACUGUCGUACCACGUCCUGCCAGGUGAUUGACAGCUGCACGGUUGCAGUGCCCUCCAACAGCACCCCGGAUGGGGUGCGCUACAUCUCCUCCAACGUGUGCGGCCCCCACGGCCGCUGCCGCAGCCAGCCUGGGGGCCAGUUCAGCUGCGAGUGCCAGGAGGGCUUCACUGGCACCUACUGCCAUGAGAACAUCAACGACUGCGAGAGCAACCCGUGUCGCAAUGGGGGCACGUGCAUCGACAAGGUCAGUGGCUACCAGUGCAUCUGCAGCGACGGCUGGGAGGGCCGCCAGUGCGAGAUCAAUAUCGACGACUGCCGAGUGAAGCCGUGUCACAACAGGGGGACGUGCAGGGACCUGGUGAACGACUUCUACUGCGAGUGCAGAAACGGCUGGAAAGGGAAGACCUGUCACUCACGUGAAAGUCAGUGUGAUGCAGCAACCUGCAAGAACGGGGGAACCUGCAACGACGAGGGCGACACCUUCAGUGCUCACUCUCUGUCCCAUGAACGGGGCACUGGGGGGGGGGGGGGGGGGGGGGGUUGUAUGCAUAUGCCUGACGGUGGAUUUUUUUUCUGCUUUCGUCCAGAUAUCAAUGAGUGCCAGUCAUCACCCUGCGCCUACGGCUCCACCUGCGUGGAUGAGAUAAACAGCUUUCGCUGCCUGUGCCCGGCCAGCAGGGCGGGGCCCACGUGCCAGGAGGUCACUGGCCAGCACUGCGUCAUUGGUAGCCGAGCGAUACCCGACGGUACCAGGUGGGAUGAGGACUGCAACAUCUGCCAGUGUCACAACGGCAAGGUCACCUGCACUAAGAUGUGGUGCGGCCCCAAGUCGUGUCAGGUGAAUGGGAAAGGCCCGGGGGAGUGCAGCCCUGGUCAGACCUGCCUGCCCAUUAAGGAGGACCACUGCUUUGUGAAGCCGUGUCCCGGGCAGGGGGAGUGCUGGCCCACAGACGGGCUGCCCCUCCAGGCCCAAUGCCACGCCGGAACCUCCCUCCUGGAGACCAGCUGCAACUACAUCACCUUCACUUUCAACAAGGAGAACAUGCCGCAGGGCGUAACUGUGGGGCACAUCUGCGGGGGGCUGCGGCGCCUCUAUGUGGCAAGGAACUUCUCGGCAGACCAUGCGGUGUUCAUCACGUGCAAGCCGUCCCUGAGUGCCAGCAAUGAGAUCCACGUAGCCAUAUCCACAGAUGAGCGCAGAUCAGACACGUUUUCCGUGAAGGCGAUCACCGACAAUAUCAUCGACCUGGUCAGCAAGCGCAGCGGAAACAGUACCAUUGUGGCGGCCAUAGCUGGGGUGCGAGUACAGCAACGGCCCCCCCUGAUCAAAACCGACUACCUGGUCCCGCUGCUGAGCUCAGUGUUCAUCGUGAUUUGGAUCCUGGCCCUGGUGGUGGCGUUCCUCUGGUGCUUGCGGCGGCAGCGGCAGAAGCAGGGCAGCCACGGCGGCCCGGCGGGGACGGCGCCGGCCGAGGGCGGAGCCACCAACAACGUGCGCGAGCAGCUCAACCAGAUCAAGAACCCCAUCGAGAAGCACGUGGCACCCGGCGCCAAGGACUACGGCGGCAAAAACACCAUCAUCGCCAAAAUCAGGACACAGAACACGGAGGCCGAGGAGGAGGAGAUGGAGAAGCACCUGCAACGGGCUCGAUUUGCCAAGCAGCCCGUCUACACGCUCGUCGACAGGGAGGACAAGGCCACGCCCACCAAGAACCCAAACUGGACAAACAAACAGGACAACAGAAACUUGGAAACGGCACACAGUCUGAACCGAAUGGAAUAUAUUGUAUAGCAGAAAUGUGGGGUUGCCAUGCAACCGGGUGGGGUUGGGGUGGGCGGGGGGCGGGGCUAUGAGUUCGUAGUCCUUAAACUGUUGUCAUAUUUUGACUCAAAGGUUAUUAUUUACAUAGAAUUCCUAUGUUAAUUUAAGUCUCGACAAGUUGACUCACACUGGCAGUGUCUGUGGUUAACUGGGGAGAACCAGGUGCUGCAUGUCACACCUAUGCAGAACUAGAUCCAGAAGCCCUGCGUAUUAAACACCACCACCCCCCCUCCUCCCCGGACGCCUGGACGGUAAUCGUGGGCUUCGUCCGAGGAUUUCCUUAAAUCACAAUCCAAAAGUUUGCAAAAAUGGUCUUAAGUAUUAUUAUUUUUUAAGAAUACAACACACAAAAGCAGCAAACAGGGCAGUUGGAUCGCGGUGGUUUUUGAGGCAACUAGUUCUGUAUUUGAAAGUGCCUUUGCAGCUCCGUACCACAACGAUGUCAAAAAGAAAAGUUUUAUUAUUUAUUAUUUUUAUUUUUAAUUCUUGGGGAGGGCUGGGUCGAUGUCAGCGGUCGCUGUCAAAAUGAAGAAUUUAAAGUGUCAAUUUAGAACACUGUAUAGAUAUGUACAUUUUUUUAAUUAAUCAUUGUGUAUAUUUGAUUUAUUAACUUAAUAAUCAGGAGCCUUAAGACGCCAUUCCCUUUCUAUUUAAACGUAUCGUCUAGAUUUGAAGGUUUUGACGACUUUCUAUAUUUUUGGUGACAAUUGUUCCGUGUUUCAUAAAUGCCAAAAUCUGAAGUGCUCUAGAAAGAAUAGUUUAUUUUUUAACAAUAGAUUGGGCAUUUUUGUGCCUAUAAAAAAAAGAAUGUUUUGUACAAAUGUCAGGCGUAACGAGUUCAGAAGUAUCCUUUUCUGCCAGGACAUCUUUAAUUAAGGCGCGCUAGAAAAGGGGGGGGGGGGGAGGGGGGUGCAUAUCGUCUUGCUGCUUAGUUUUUUGCCAAACAUGGGGGGCUACCCUAAUGGUUAUAAGGACAAAAAUGAGAGCAAAGGCUUUAUAAUGACCAGAGGAUAACGACAAAUUUGCCUAUGUAGUAUGUGAUAAAAAAAAAACAAAACGAACCUUUGGGACAAAUCUCUCAAUGUAUACAUGCUAUGAUUUAGCAUAGCAUGAGAAGCUAGCCUCUGAAUACUUGAACGGUAGGAAGGCAUCAGGGAAGCUGCAGAAAGGGGGACGCAAAGGCCCCACCUCCAAUAACAGGAGUUUGUGCUUUUGCUGUCCGCAGUUUUCCGUUUUUUCGAGGCUUUGAAAAGCAUGUUCAUUUUCGUUAUCCCUGGAGAGUGUACUUUGGACUUCGCCGUCAGACUUGAGGACAGACUUUUGAGGUGUUGUACCUGGCAAUUUUUUAAAAAGUUGUAUUUAUUAAAUAUUUUGUAUGAAAAGAG